GAGUAUAUGAAAGCGCCCACACGCUCACCACGCUCACACAGUCCGACAGAGGUACAAAUGACUGAGGAAAAGGUGGUCAACAAUCUGGCUCAAGAACAGGAUUUAAAGAACUGCGUUCGCCCACACGCUCACCACGCUCACACAGUCCGACAGAGGUACAAAUGACUGAGGAAAAGGUGGUCAACGAUCUGGCUCAAGAACAGGAUUUAAAGAACUGCGUUGUAUCCUUACUCAGUCUUACCAAAGAUGAUCCUCGUACAUCAUCUUUUUUAUGGACAUAUCCUGAAAAAAAUAUAAGAAGUCUAAAAAACUGUUUUGAUCUUACUGAAAAGGCUUUUGACCGUAUUGGGUUUAUCGUAGCCAUUCUAGCCAAUUUCACUGGACUCAAAACAUCACAAUGUUCUUAUGCACUUGGUAAGCGUGUCUUGACAACAUAUCACUCAACUGGUAUUGACUCUGAAUCCGUUUUUGCUUUCUUUCCAUCGAAAGAUGAUAUCUUAAUUUACAAACUUAAUUCACGUCCCGUUUACUAUUCCGAAAAAAUCGAUUAUGCAUUAUUUGAACUGCCAGCGGAUGCUUUUGUCCCUUGGGAAAGGGGAUUGUUGACACGAAUUACAGGGGAGCCGAAGGUCGGCAAGGAAGUCCAUUUCAAAACCUACCGGAAAUUUAAACAAGUUAAUUCAACCCGUGCGACUGUAAUAGAAACCCCCAUAGAAAUUAAAAAUGUGGUUCAGAGAUCAGAAUUUUUAAUUGACCAAGUUGGUACGUUUGGUGAUAGUGGUGCCCCAGUUUUCAAUGAAAACGAUUGCAUUGUGGGGAUUUAUCGUGGAGACAUUGUUCUUCCUAACCAAAUUCUACUGACUGGGAGAUGCAUUAACAUCAAAGAAAUCGUGGUAGAUUUAAAAAGAAAAAGCCCAGCAAAAUUGUGGGAAGAUUUCAUCCGACGACAGGGAGAUGCAUUAACAUCACAGACACAAAGGCCUUCUGACGUCAUUAUAGAAAUCGAAAACAAAAAAACAGAAUUUCAGAGAAAGUCGUUUUCAACUAUUUAUGAAAUAAUAAUCUCCUUUAUCUUGCCUUUCUUCAACAUUCCAUUCGGUUUCGGUCCCUUCAGCAGAGGGCAGAGAGACUAAAAUAUCUUAUAAAUAUCUGUAUAAAUAUCUUUGGUUAAGGUGCUCUGCCUGUGCUUCAGCGCCCAGAUCCCCACAGCUGGAGCUGGCUGGCUAAGAUUGCGCAUGUGCAGUCCACUAUGGUAAAUGGUAAAUGAACUGCAUUUAUAUAGCGCUUUUAUCCAAAGCGCUUUACAAUUGAUGCC